GAGGGCUCUAUGCCUCUGCUCAGGCAAGAAAUAGCCAGAAGCCUUGGGAGACAGAAGAGGUGUAAGCUAUCGGCAGCUGCUUCUGGACUCUCAGGAGGCCAACUGAACUCUCUUGUCCUGCUGCAGGUUCAGGGACAGUGAGUUUCAAGCCUGCCUGAGCCAUGCCAGUCAGCCUCACAGAGGGCAGCUCCCAUGCCAACCAGACCGUGCCGGUGCUGGAUUCUUCCCCAGUGGCUUGCACUGAAACCGUGACUUUCACUGAAGUGCUGGCGGGGGAGGAGUGGGGCUCCUUCUAUUCCUCCUUUAAGACGGAGCAGUUGAUAACCCUGUGGGUCCUGUUUAUCUUCACCAUUGUGGGAAACUCUGUUGUGCUGUUCUCCACAUGGAGAAGGAAGAGAAAGUCCCGAAUGACCUUCUUUGUGACUCAACUGGCCAUCACAGACUCUUUUACAGGACUGAUCAACAUCUUGACAGACAUUAUUUGGCGAUUCACGGGAGACUUUAUGGCUCCUGACCUGGUCUGCAGAGUCAUUCGCUAUUUGCAGGUUGUCCUCCUCUAUGCCUCUACAUACGUCCUGGUGUCCCUCAGCAUAGACAGAUACCACGCCAUCGUUUACCCCAUGAAAUUUCUUCAAGGAGAGAAGCAAGCCAAGGUCCUCAUCUGCAUAGCCUGGAGCCUCUCCUUUCUGUUCUCCAUCCCCACCCUGAUCAUAUUUGGGAAAAGGACACUCUCCAACGGUGAGGUGCAGUGCUGGGCACUGUGGCCAGACGACUCCUACUGGACCCCCUACAUGACCAUUGUGGCCUUCCUCGUAUAUUUCAUCCCCCUGACAAUCAUCAGUGUCAUCUAUGGUGUUGUGAUUCGAACCAUUUGGAUUAAAAGCAAGGCCCAUGAGAUGGUGAUUUCCAACUGCUCUG